AUGGCCUUCUCUCGCUCGGUCGUUUCACUCCUGCGCACUUCCCGAUACAUUGCAUCCCCCGCUCGAGGUGUCAACCCCGUCAACAGAGUCUUUGGCCAUGAUAGAUUUGCCGCCAGAGCAUAUGCCACAGUCUUCGAGCGGACCAAGCCCCAUGUGAAUGUUGGUACGAUCGGUCACGUCGAUCAUGGAAAGACUACUCUCACAGCAGCUAUCACAAAAAGACAGGCGGACAAAGGCCUAGCACAGUUUCUUGACUAUGGCAAGAUUGACAAAGCUCCGGAAGAGCGAAAACGUGGUAUCACCAUCGCAACGGCGCACAUUGAAUACGAGACAAACAACCGACAUUACUCUCACGUCGACUGUCCCGGUCACGCUGAUUACAUCAAGAACAUGAUUACGGGUGCUGCUCUUAUGGAUGGUGCUGUCGUGGUGGUUGCCGCUGGUGACGGUCAGAUGCCACAAACCCGAGAACAUCUCCUACUAGCCCGUCAGGUCGGUGUCCAAAAACUAGUGGUAUUCGUCAACAAGGUCGACACUGUCGAGGACCCUGAAAUGUUGGAACUGGUCGAAAUGGAAAUGCGCGAGCUCCUGUCCUCAUAUGGCUUCGAUGGAGACAACACACCUAUCAUCUUUGGCUCUGCUCUUUGCGCCCUCGAAGGUACCAGGCCGGAAAUCGGAGUCGAGAGGAUUGAUGCUUUGAUGGAGGCUGUCGAUAGCUGGAUCCCAACCCCUGUCCGAGACACUGAAAAGCCCUUCCUGAUGUCAGUUGAAGAAGUCUUCUCCAUUGCUGGAAGAGGAACUGUCGCCUCGGGUCGUGUGCUGCGAGGCGUGCUGAAGAAGGAUAGCGAGGUUGAGAUUGUGGGUGGUCGUGAAGAGGUUAUCAAGACCAAGGUUACAGAUAUCGAGACCUUCAAGAAGUCCUGCGAUGAAUCAAGAGCUGGUGACAACUCGGGUCUUCUCCUUCGCGGUGUCAAAAGAGAAGAUGUCAAGCGUGGAAUGGUGGUUGCGGUUCCAGGUUCUGCCAAGGCGCAUCAAGAAGCGCUUGUGUCACUCUACAUUUUGACAGAAGAAGAAGGAGGCAGAAAAACCGGCUUCACCGAGAACUACAAGCCGCAAGUCUUCAUUCGGACCGCAGAUGAGGCGGCACAGCUCAAGUUCCCAGAGGGUACCGAAGAUCCCACCAGGAUGGUCAUGCCAGGAGACAACCUUGAGAUGGUCCUCAAGACACAUCAUCCCGUGGUGAUGGAGGCUGGUGAACGAUUCAACAUGCGAGAAGGUGGACGGACUGUGGCCACCGGCCUUAUCACCAGAAUCCUCAAGUAA